GGCUCCAGGGACGCGAGCCUAGCUAGUCCCGCCCCCGUCCACCCCUGCUGCGCACGCGGGGCGACGCUGAGUCAGGUUGCAGACGCGGAGAUGGAUGUACCCGGGCAGGGUCCCCAGAGCGAGGCUCCCUGGAAGAAGAUGUCGGAAGAGCAGCUGGAGAAGCAGUACUCCCCCAGCCGAUGGGUUGUCCGCCGGGGAGCAGAGGGAGCCCUGAAGACCUACUCGGAGAUGGGAAAAGAGGCCACCAAGAGGGCCAGGGACACCAGGAGGACCCUGCUGAAUGUCCCCUAUGGAGACGGCGAAGGGGAGAAGCUGGACAUCUACUUCCCGGAGGCGGGGUCUGAAGCCCUGCCUUUGCUCGUGUUCCUUCACGGCGGGUACUGGCAGAGUGGCAGUAAAGACGAGUCAGCGUUCAUGGUGGGCCCGCUGACGGCUCAGGGCGUGGCCGUGGUGAUAGUGGCUUACGACAUUGCCCCCAAAGGCUCCCUGGACCGGAUGGUGGACCAGGUAACGCGGAGCGUCGCCUUUCUCCAGCAGCGGUAUCCGCGCAACGAGGGAAUUUACCUGUGCGGACACUCAGCUGGGGCCCACCUGGCCGCCAUGAUGCUCCUGGUGAACUGGACGGAGCGCGGAGUCACAUGCAACUUGAAAGGCUUUUUCCUGUUGAGUGGGAUCUACGACCUGGAGCCCUUAGUGCACACCUCUCAGAACGCCCCCCUUCUCCUGACCCCGGAGGACGCGCAGAGGAUCAGCCCCCAACGGCUCCUGGAGGCGGCCCCCAGGCAGCCCGCAGAUCCAGCCUGCCGCGUGCUGGUGAUUGUGGGCCAGCAUGACAGCCCCGAAUUCCUGCGGCAGUCCAGGGAGUUCUAUCAGACACUGUGCCGAGGAGGGUGGAGAGCCUCGUUCGAAGAACUCCAGGACGUGGACCACUUCGAGAUCGUCUGGAAGCUAACCCAGAAGGACUACGUGCUCAACCAGAUCAUCCUGAAGACAAUCUUCCAGGACGGCCUCUGAGGCCCGGCCAGCACGCGCCCGGCCUGCGAGUCUUCUCCGGAGGGCCUGACCGCACCCUUCCCUGCCGCCCGGCAGCCUCCAUUUGCCCACCCACCCUGGCGAGAGCCCAUUCUUCCCCUUGCUCUGAGCAGAAAUCAAGGUCUCCACAGCCAUGCCCUGGUCUGGAUUGAGGGGCUCCAGGGACUGUCCGGCCCAGGGCAAUGCGGUGUGAGGCUCUGGAAGGCCUGCAGGGACCGGUCUCAUGCUGUACCCCUCACAGCCAGUUACCCCAGGCAGGAGAACACUAAGCCUGCAUCUGCAACAGGAAGGCGUGCUGACUACAUAGGCAAGAGGAAGAUUCCUUCUUGUCCAGCAACAAGCCCAGCCAAUGGAAAGUGCUGCAGCUCAGCCAAUGAGAAGCCGCAUCACCCUGAACUCUAAUGAACUUUUUUCCCCUUAAGGAUUUUGUUGUGGACCCUA